CAUGGCGCAAGCGAUGGCUGCGGCGUUGGACGAGCACGUGGUCAUUGUGCGCACGUCGGGCCUUCGACCUGGCCGAGAAAACACGCUUGUCGACCACGUUGACGUACUUCGGAAGCUGUACACAAGUGCGCUCUCGUCACUCCACGCCAACUACACCGACGCCGAAACCAAUUGGGCGGCCCGCGUCGCGGCUAUUCAGUCGGAGCUCGCGCACGAGGUCGACGCAUCCGCGAGUCUACGAGCAAGCCACGUAACAGAGCUUGACCAGCUCACCCAGCGCCUCGAGACGACCCAUUUUGAAGAGCUCGAGAGCCUCACCAAACUCUACGACGAUAAAGUCGUCGAGAUCCAAGCGGCCGCCGACGCGCAGCUCACAGUCACCGAGGCCGCGUACAAUGAAAAAGUCGCACUGUUGCGCGCCAAGGCCAAAUCAUGGAAAGUUGCGUACGAAUCCAAGCUCAAAGACGCCGUGACGAGCAAGAUUGACGCGCUCAAGACGCAGGCUGAGCUCCAGCUGCAGGCUGUCUUGACUCAGCUCGACAAGGAAGCCCAGGUCCUGACGAGUGCACUGCAAGAUGCGCGGUGCCACGCAAAGUCGCUCGAGCGGCAACUCGCACAAGCCAACGCGCGCAUUCACGAACUCGAGGCCGCCACGCCACGCAGCGAAGUCGCCAUCUGCAAGCUCGAAGCCCAGGUCGCCAGCGAGGCCAAAGCCGUGGAGGAACUAAAAACCAAGUACGACGCACUGUUAGCCACGCACCGGGCGCUCCAGACGCAAAUGGUCGAAGAGAAAACGCGGCUCCAAGGACUUCUCGAAGAGCAGUUGGCCCGUGCCAAGCAAGACGAAAUGGAGCGACUCCAUGAGCGAGUGCGCCAUGCGAUGGAGAUGAAGGCUGCCGUGAUUAGCCAGCUCGAAGCAGCGGUGCUCGGGGCAGAGAAUCGUGCUGCGCUGGCCGAGCACGCCCUCAAUCAAAUCCACACGGAGAUGAUGACCAGCUCGCGCUGCGACGUCCUCGAAGCCUUUCCCAUCGAUGCAUGA